UGACGAAUGGUAGGAGAAGGAAAAGUGGAGAAGAUAAGGAGAAAAACGGUUGAAAGCGUUUGUGGUGUGAGAUAAAAGUGUGACAUAAAAUUACGCAAAUUCACAUUAAAUUUCACGAAUGAUCGCCAAACGAAAAUAUCGCAGAAGAAUAGUUAAAUAAAGUUUUUUAACAUUUUAAACAACGUAAGUAGAUCUUUGUGACUUGACGUCAUCAUCUUAACCUGUAAAGAUCCCAACAUAGAUAAAUACAUUCUCCAUUGAAUCGUCGGUUUGUAAAAGUAAUAUUUGGUUCACGAUUAUCCAAUUUGUUAAUAUGGAUAGCUCUGACGACGAAUUAUUUAAUGCCUCACCAAGUUGCAGUAAAUCAGUAAAUACAAGUUUAAAUUUGGCACCGAAGCAAACAAAUGAUUUGGUGCAAGAUUCAAUUAAAGAGAAAGAUUGUAAUAAUAGCCUUAUCAAAGACAUUUCAAUAAAGAUUCCACGUUUAUCAAAUGAAAUAAAGAUAAAUAAUGAAAAAACAAGCACAAACUUAAGAAAAAGAAAAAUAAAACGCAAUAUGUGGAAAUUUGGAAGAUAUAGACAUAAAAAGAGAAACACUUCAAAAAAAUUUUUGACUAAGCCUCAAAAGGAGGAAUCUACUACUGAAGUUAGUAUGGAAUUAGAAGAUAAAAUAUAUGACAAUGCUCAUUUGUAUACACAAUCACAGGAAAUAAAAGAGAAGUCAUGUGUAGCUCAGGAUGUACAAGAUAUUCAAGAUACACAAGAGAAUGCUGAAAAUCUUACUUUAUCAACAUUUGAAGCACAAAAUGAAAAGGAGGACUUGUGUAUUGAUCAAACAUAUAUAUGUGCACGUGUUUUGCCAUACAGGUUUCAUCAAAAGAAUAAUGUGACAACAUCCAACAAUACUACUGAUAUAAUUGCACAUUACAAUUUUUCUUCGUCAUCUUCAAGCACAAGCACAGAGAAGAAUUCAGAUUCUGAUAAGAUUUAUCAAUAUUAUUUGUUUACUGAAAAAUACAAAUCCAGACAACGUGCUAUGGAAAAGCUGAAUGAGUGGAAUUCUAAAAGAAAAAGGUCCUCGUCCAUAUUGUUUGAUCAGCCUCGAUUCAAGAGAAAACGCUGUCGAAGAAUAUCAGAUGAAUCUGAUAACGAAAUUGCAUUUGAAAGUAAUGUGAAAAUGAUUGGAGAUGAUAAUCCAAAUAAAUCUUACUCAUCUUAUGAAAGGAUGGAUCAAGAAAAACCGCGACCGAAUAUACAGAUAAGUCAUGAAGCGCGUAUUAUUUUAGUGAGAUUAGAAGAAAUGAAUGAUAUAGAUGUUAUUAAAUGGCGAGCGAGUAAAAUACAAAACGCUUUAGAAAGGAUUAAAUCUCAAUCAAUAAAAGAACAAUUUGACAAACGAGAACAAGUGACAUUAAAAGCCAACAAAAUCACUUUGUCAGAUAAUUGCAAUUUCUUGGAAACACAAGAUAUCCAAGAUCUGUCACAAAAGUCAAUAGUAUCCAGCACUUAUGUUGAGAAACAUUGUCCAGCGCAGUUGAGCGAUUCGUUGAAUAUGACAAAAUUAAGAAAGAAAUACAAACUAUUCAAGAAACCUAAAGUUUUGAUAAUAAAACUGGAAACUUUAAAGAAUUAUUCCGAAAAUGGUAAAUAUUCGGCAGUCGAGAUCGAUCGUCUAACAAAGAAAUAUAUAAACUUUGUAAUAAGCUCUUCUUCAUCCAAAUCUCGCGAAUCAUUAUUCUAUGGACUGGCAAAUUUACAAAGAAGAAACAAAACAGAUAAUCAAGUUAUGAAAAAUAGCAGCAACGAGAAUGCUUCAGUUAAGUUUGCGUCUACCUCUAGUCAAAAUCAAUCUAAAACUUUAUCAUCAAAAACAUCGAAAAGCAAAAAUAUGCCACAAAAGACGCUAUUGGAAAUAUGGCGAAAUGCAUUUUGUACAAAGAAAUCUCUGAAGAAAUCGCAAGAAACAAGUGCCGAGCAAUCCGGUUCUGCACAAUCGACAUCAGAAAAAGCAAUUUCUAUUUCGCGAAACUCGCCAAAAAAAUUGGCGGACGCGGAAUAUAAGAACCCAUUUUCUAGUUCUUUGGCUUCCACAUCUACAUCUUCCACAAAAAAUAAUACGUUAGUAAAAUCACCUGGAAAACAUGUUUCGCCGAAGAAACAAGAGCUAUUGCAAUCGACAAAAUGUAACAAGACAUCUAAAUGUGAAUUAUUUACCAAAACUAGUUUUCCAAGUAAUGCGAGAGUUGAAGAAACUAUUACUAAGGAUGAUUUUCUUCAAUCUUCUUCAAUGUCUUCUAACAAAACUAUUUCCAAAAAUUCGCGUAAAGAUAUUACGGAAGAGAAUAUUAAGGUAUCAGAUUCUUCCUUGAAUAAUUUAAGCAAGAAGGUUUUGGAGAAACCGAGCAAUCUUCAAUUGUCAAUCAAUACGACUCCUACAAAAAUGUCGAAAACUUCAAAAGUAUACAACAUUAAUCAACCAUGCAAAGAUAAAUUAAAGUGUAUUAUAUGUGAUAUGUUGUUCGAGAAUUACCGAUUGUUACAAAAACACAUAGCAACUAAUUCAUGUAAAAAAGUCACGAAUUCUGCACUUAAUGCAUUGAAAAACACGCAAUUCACGAAUAAUGAGAAAAUAACAAUGCAGAAAAUUUGUCAAGAUGGAAAUAAGAAUUCAAAGUCAUCCAUGUCGCAAAAUUCUUCUACUAAUAAUACAAGUGACUUUUCCAAAUCCGAUCAAACUCUUAGUAAUACCGAUAAGGAAAUUAUUUCAUCACAACCAUCUUCGCCACAAUCAAGUGGCAAGAAAAUGAAGGAUAAGCACUUAUGGACGCCGCAAACGAAAGCCAAAAAAUCAAUUGCAAAAACAAACUCUAAUUUAAAUCUGGGAUCGCGAGACGAAUCGGGACCUUCAGAAAAUCAAAACUCCCAUAGCGUAAGCAGCAGUAAGGGAAAGCGAUGCACAAUUUGCUUACGAUUUUUUGAUAACUAUCUGCAACUAUUCGAGCAUAUGAAUGAACAUUUGAAUAAUUCUAUCAAGAAUACAUCAAUCAAAAAUACUUCCACACAUCAAACGACUGACAAAAACAAUCGUCAAGUCUCCAAUACUUUAAUAGAAGCAGAAGCAGCUACUAAAAAGACUAGAAUUGAUAUCAAUGUGCUAAAGAAAGGAUUACUAAAGAAAAUGAACGAAUCAAACACGGAUCAAAAUCGCACUGCUUUAGAAGUGUCGCAAUGCGAUGUAGCUAAGGAGAGAGACAAAACAUCGAAUUUAUUACAAGCAGAGAUGAAGCAAAAAGAACAAUCGAUACCUACAGAUAAUGACGUCGAAAACACGAUAGACAGAAUUCGAUAUGUGGAGAGAGAAGUAUGCGACACUACAUCUUCGAAAUCUCCAUCGAAACUGAUCUGCGAGUGUCACAGGCCCAAGACGGUCAAUAAGAAUGCUAAGGAUGUUCAGAUUGAGAUAGUGUUGUUGUGUGAAACUUGCCAGAUACUGUUUCGACGCUUUGAGUGCUUUGAGAGACAUAGCCAGCGUGCCCUUACUGCGUCUUGUGGCAGGAAUCGACGAUGCAACAGGACACCCAAGUUGUUGUGUGCCACCUGCCAGAAAACGAUGAAUUCUAUCCAAGAUAUGCAGGCCCAUCUGGCAAUGCAUACCCAUCUGCACAAAAACCUACAAUUUACUUUUCUCUGCAAUAUAUGUAAAGUACUCUUCUAUUCGCAAGGACCUCUAUUCAAUUACCAUUUCCAUCAUCAUGUGAAGAAUCGAUUGUUUUUAGCUAGUAGUUUGUCAUUUCCGACAAACUCCUAUGUUGGCAAAAAACUCAUCGAUACGCUGUCAACCGACAAUGAGAAACAGAUGGAAGUUUAUACACAGGUAGCUGAUUACAAGUGUCAAGAAUGCAAUAUACCUUUCAUUUCGGAACAAGAUCAGAAGUCGCAUGAAGCACUCUGGCACAACGCUAAUGCCAACGAUAAUGCAUCUUCGGAUGGUAAAAACGCGAAUUUGGCUGAAAAGAUUUUGCUGAUAUGUGGAUUUUGUAAUAAGACAUUUUACAAGAAGGAGCACUUUGAGCUGCACUCGUUGGAACACAAACAAAAACGAGACCUGCACUCGCAUUACUCUUGCGUGGCCGUUACCGCGAUUACGAAGGUGUUCAUCUGCAAAGUGUGCACGACCAUGUGGAUGUCUUUGAAAAAUUUCGAGGAACAUUGGCUAACGCAUGAGAAACUACAGGAAGACUAUAUAUGUUCUCUCUGUGAGAAUCAUUAUAACACCAUUGAUUUAUUUCAAGAACAUCUAAUUGAGCACAAGAAAUAUUGUAAUGCCGAAAAACAACACGAACCGAUUUCGUGCAAGGUGAUUUAUCGCGAUUGGGACUUUGAGACAAAAUUGCAGAAUAUUGCUAGGAAUCUACCUUCUACGAGUUUGAGUUCCUCUGAUGGAAAAGACUCUUCUGAAAAGACUAUUGCAAAUGAUAAUCUGAUUCAAAAAGAAGCAUUAAGGACUUUUAGGAAGCAAAAUGUGAUUAAAAAUAAACAAUUAACAGAAGCUAAGACGAUGAUUUUGCAGAAUUUAUUGUUAAAUCAAGAAGACACAGGCAAAGAGAUGCAAGCUAUCAGGGACACAAAUGCCCAGCAGAAGCCGCAAAUUCCCUCGCUCGAAGUGACGAAAUCGAAACAAACAAUGGGAAAUGGCAAAGGGUCGAAUAGAGUAGACGAGAAAAGUAAGAAUAGCAAGAAUAAUUCGGACAGUUUCGAUGAUUCGGAAGAGGAAGAGCUGAAAAUAGUGAUGUCGGAGAGCGACGAAAGUUCAAUGUCGGGCGAGAUCAGAAAAGCCGGAUCGAGCAAGUCCGAUGAUGUGUCUUCCACUAAACAAAAUGACGCGCAAGAAAACGCUACAUCCAAUCCUAUCAUAUCUGUCUCUGGUGAGCAGAGACAAUGUUCCAAUGAUUCUCCAACUAAAGAUGCUUCUGCAAAAACUUCUGGUGGAGAAGAAAAGGUAGUAAAGAUACAUCCAAGACGUAAUAAGACUUUGAAUUCAAAUGCUAAAGUCAAUUCGACGACUUCGAAUUCAGAUGCUAAAGUCAGUUUGACGAAAGACCCUGUAACACAGCUCGAAACAAAUUCAAAUGUUUCACAAGUUAACGAAACAAUUAUUGAUCGUACGAAUAUUGUGAAUCCAACCACGACAACACGACGAGCCGACAAUACGGACGAGAAUAACGCAGAUAGUGAUUCGAUGUCUUCAAGUACGAAAUCUACCAAAGAAAAAACCAACAACACAUCGUUGCCGCAGAACAUCAUGAGCUCCAUACCUGUCACGUUUAAGUCUCUUUUACGUGUAAAGACCUUGGCGGAAUUAACGCAGAACUAUCUGUGCCAUAUAUGCGGUCUAUUCUUCGAUGAUUUGCACAAAUUGGAAAAGCACAAGUCGGUGCACAUCGAUCAAAACCAUCAGAGUGCCGAUCAAGCGUAUCCGACCACGUCCAAUAAUGUGCAAAAGGAAGAGAAGUCGAAGUUCAAUCCCUCGCAUACAACACAAAUUCAACAUCAUGUUUCUCAUUCGGUGAGGACGGGCAAUGCGCCUCUACCUGGAAACGCGCCUGCAUCCGGCAAUGCGCCUUCUUCCGGUAAUGCUCCUUCAUCCAACAACGCGCCUCGACCCAACAACGCGCCUCAACCCAACAACGCGCCUCGACUCAACAACGCGCCUCAACUCAACAACGCGCCUCGACCCAACAACGCUCUUCAACCCAACAACGCGCCUCAACCUAACAACACGCCCUCAUCCAAUAACGUGCUUCUUUCAUUCAGCAGCGUAAAUCCAUCUGACAAUUUGACUCCAUCCGGCACUGUGGCUCUAUCUGGGGGAAUACAUCUACCUGGCAGCGUGCAUCCAUCUGGCAAUCCAUCGAAUCGUCCAUUAAAUCGACUAAUCAAUUUCAACGAUUCUCGACAAUAUCAAGUAGCCGGAGUAAAACCAUUGCACAAAGUCGCGACGACGAACAAGAUAGUGAAACCGAAUGAGGCACAGCAGUACAAUCAGUCGUGGAACACGUUGUUGACUAACCCCCUUGUCACGCUGCAGCAGCUAAUUCCACAGAAGCAGAUCUAUCAUCAAAACUUACCGCCUCAAAUCGCUUAUCCGAUAAACACGACGGUUCGACCUGCCCACCAGAACAUUGGCACCGUAGCGAUUAGACCGUUUAUGCAAACUAUUCAAGUCCAAUCCACAUCAACAUCAUUACCAUAUUCGCAAACUAUUCAAGUACCUACAUCUGCACCAUCAUCGUAUCCGCAGCAGCUUCAGCAGUUUCAGCAGCAGCAGCUUCAGCAGCAGCAGUUGCUGCAGCAGCAGCAACAACAGCAGCAGCAUCGUCAACAACAACAACAACAACAUCACCAACACCAACAGCAGCACACAAGCAUCGGCAAUAACGCUAGUAGUUAUCCAAUAUUGUCCCAAAAAAGCGUGCCUUACCAAUUGGCGCCGAAUACUGGAGUAACAGUAAACUCGGAUAACGCAAUGGUUAUGAAGAUAAACACAAUGUUGCAGGUGUCGCGAAAUCCAGAUCGUUAUAUAUGUAUAUACUGUCCAGGUUUCGAAUGCAAUUCCGUGGAAGAUUUUGCAUUGCACAAACAGUCGCCAAAGCACGAGGCACAGAGUCAUUAUAACAAUAUGUCUUAUAACACUGUAUCUCGAACUUAGAAAUGUCGAUAACGAUGGGAUAAUUGAAGGAUGAAUGAAACGAAUUAAUCAAUUUGUUACUCGUCGAUACGAUAGUUAAAGUUUUAAUCUUAAAGUUUUUCUCUCUAGCAAGUAACGUCCCGGAACACUGACAAUUGAUUUUUUCGGCCGAAAAUAAAAUUCUAUUUUAACUGAUGGUUGUAUUUGAAUCACACGAUAUUGAUGAGACUGAUUGCAACUAAGUCAAUUUUCAAUUUUUUCUCUCUUUCUCUCUAUUCAAAAAGUCUCUAUUUAUUCUUUGAAACAGGUGUUUUCAAAUUAAAAUCAAAAAGUAUAUUUUACAAUUGCUUUUCAUAUAGUUGCAUAUAUGUUUAAACUUUAACAAAAAUGUUUCGAUACAUGUCCUUUCUAUAAACUU